UUUCAAAGCUAAAACCAAAUCAAGCCAAUAAAAUGCAGAUUUUUCAACCUCUUUUUUUUUUGGGAUUUUGGGUGUUUUGUUGUGCUUUUUCCGUUAGUUUUUAUACAAAUAUAUAAUUAACUUGUUCUUUAAAUGAUCUUAGGGUGUCUGAAAAAACAACACAAUGCUUGAGUGAUCGUUUGAUUGGGAAAGGAUUAUUUCGGGAUUAUUAAUUUCGGAAUUAGUUUUCCCACCAUGUAUAUGGAAUAACACAUUCCAUUACUAAGGUGUAAAUGAGGAAUAAAUAAUUUCAAUACUAACUAAUAUUUCACACCAAAUAUCAAAUAAAAUAGUCUUUUAUUUUAGACCGAGACUAUUUAUUCCUUAUAGCUCAUGCGACCCCUCAAGAGUCCUGGAGAGUUCCUUGCUAUUUAUCUUCUUGUUGCUAUAAUUAAUAACAAGUGAUCAAGGAAACGCCUCAAGUUUUGAAGCAAAGACGUUCGUGAUGGAGGAAGAGAUGAAGCGGAUAGCUCUAACAGGGGAUAUCAACGCUUUCUAUAGAGUUAUCGAAAGAGAACCGGGAAUUCUCAAAACCAUAGAAGAUAAGGAUUUUGCGGAAACCCCAUUACAUGUAGCUGCAUCUGUUGGCAAGACAGGCUUGGCUAUUGAAGUCUUGAGCUUAAAGCCUUCCUUUGGGAGGAAGCUAAAUCCUAGUGGUUAUAGCCCACUGGAUGUUGCAUUUCGUAAUGGAUACAGACAAACAGUUAAGCAGCUUAUAAAGUUCGAUGCAGGGCUCAUUGGAGUGCGGAGCAGGGAGCGGAAGACCCCAUUGCAUUAUGCGGCGGAAUCUGAUGAUGCUGAUCUUGUUGCGGAGUUUCUUGUUGCCUGCCCUACUGUCAUCAAGGAACUGACAAUUCGAGGAGAGACAGCGGUGCAUUUGGCAGUUCUAAGCGAAAGUCUGAAUGCUUUCAAAGUCCUAAUGGGUUGGAUAACUAGGACAGAUAACAACCACAUAUUGGGAUGGAAGGAUAACAAAGGAAAUACGGUAUUGCACAUUGCUGCAGACACAAGACAACUUGAGGUUAUUAGGCGAUUGCUAAUGGGGAAAUUAGUCGACCUAAAUGACAAAAAUCAAGAAAAUCAGACGGCGCUUGAAAUCGUUUCGAAUCGUAUUAUUAUCUCAAAUUCGAUGUCAGCUCUUCCAACCAUUCCGCCAGCCAAUGAAGACGACGUGGAAAUCCAGAAAAGCUUGCAAAAAGCUGGUGCUUGGGAGUUGUCAAAGAUUCCUAAUCUAAUAUCCAUGGCGGAUACUCUCACCUCAUGCAACUACAUCAAUCAGAGAGCGGAAGUGAGGAAACGCGUUGAUUGGGAUAAGGGAAUGACUGGUGAAGUACGAAAUGCAUUUCUAGUUGUGACUGUAUUAAUUUUAAAUACUACUCUUCAAGCCGUCUUUAACCCUCCUAGUGGAGGUUCGCAUAGCAAAGGCAGGGACAUUAGUAGCUCCUCUAUUACUUUACUUGCGCCGUCAAGCUCCAACACUAAUACUACAUCCAUCAACUGCGAAGUUUUAGCAGACGACGAGAUCCGCUUAAAGCUAAUUGUAUCACUCCAUUCGCUUAUAUUUUUUAUUUCUCUCAUGAUCACCUACAAGCUGACGGUGCCUAAGAAGUACAAAAAUAUGGCCAUUCUCAAUAGAUAUCUAACAGGUUUACUAUGUUAUCUUAUGGUUACCUAUGUGGUUAGUGGCAUUCUCAUGGUGCCGCUAGGAUUUCGGCUAUAUACAUUUCUACAACUUGUUAUGGUAUUUCUUAUAGCUUUAUUCAUUAUCCUUAUGAUGGAGGGGCAGAUGAGGAAGCUGUGUCCGUGGAGCACCAAGAAGGAUAUUAUUAUGAGAGAGUAUGUUUAUCAAAUGGAACAGAAAGUGCGUCAAGGAAAAUAUGUUGCUUAAAUUUGUGAGAGAAACAAGGCCGCAUAUGGAACUUUUCUGUUGUUAUUGCUUAACUGCCAUUGACGGCCAUUGAUGUUGAGCUUGAGCUAAGAAGAAACAGGAAGAAUAAAAGAGAUGUUAUUGAUUGAUGAUGGAAGAAAAAUGAAUUGAUGACUGCUUUUGUCCUUAUCACAGUAAAUUUAUACUACUCUGUAUACAAUUGUCAUCUACCAAAUAUCUACAGUUGUCAUCUACAACAUAUCUGUAACUAACUUUUACAUAUGGCUAACUAAUUCUAUUUACUGCAUAGCUAAAAAUAUUUGAUCCA